UGAAUACAGCUACAACUAGAACAGUAAAAAAUUAACUUAAACCUCCAACUUUACAUGUAUAUUUUAUAGAAUAAUUAAAUAUUCUUCAAAUAUUGACCGUCAUAUAGCACAAAUAUGAGCACAGCAAUAGCUCAAAAUAUACAAAAGCCUUCAACAUACGCACGAGAUCCAGAUUGCCCAUUGACACCAAUACCAAGCGUUGUGCCAGAGCCACCAGUGGAUAUAUUGGAUGUUGACUUGCCGUGCGUAGACGCCGACAUUGGGCCCGUACCUGAAGAUAAUAAAUCAUAUACAGAGUCUGAUAAGCACGACGUGCAUCUGCAAACUCGUCGCGACUCUAGCACUAAUUCAGAGCAGGCAUACUCGUUUGAUAAAAUGGCAGCAGAGCCCGAUUUUAAGGAGCCCAUAGGCGUAUGCCUUGAUUGUCCAGAGAUGCAGCAUAUACCGUGCAUCAAGAUUGAGAGCAGAGACGAUGCCUCUAGAAAUCCCAUAACGGGCUUGGGCUUGAAUGGAGAUGGUGUGGGGGGUCUCAAGCCGAAGAAACUAAAGCUACGAGAGGGCAAUCCCGUCACUGGUGAGGGUUACAAGCCUGGUGCAACGGAUUAUAUCCAGCAUACACCUGUCGGUGGAACUCCGGUGAUCAACAAGAAUCGCGUACCACCUGGUGGUUACUCUUCGGGUCUUUGGUAAUGCUUUGACACUGGAAACAAUUGGGGAAUUAGGAUUGAUGUGCCCAGGAAAUGAACAGACAACCGACAACCCAGCAAAAAUAAAAACCAAAUUAAACAAAAAAAAUUAUCUCUAUCCUAUAUAAA